GCGGUAUUCCAGCCCUGCGUUAUUCACCGCCUUUUAAAAAAUGGACGAGCUGCAAGAUGUCCAGCUUACGGAAAUAAAGCCUCUUCUCAACGAUAAGAGUACUGGUCAAAGCUUUGAAGACUUUGAUGGGCAGGAACACAAUAUUGAAACGGCACAUGGCGUUCUGCACAUCACUAUGCGUGGAAACCCGAAGGGGAACAGACCGGUGAUUCUCACUUACCACGACAUUGGUCUGAACCACAAAUCUUGCUUCAAUACGUUCUUUAACUUUGAAGAUAUGCAUGAAAUCACCCAGCAUUUUGCGGUGUGCCAUGUCGAUGCCCCCGGGCAGCAGGAGGGAGCCCCGUCAUUUCCAUCUGGGUAUCAAUAUCCUACGAUGGACGAACUGGCUGAAAUGAUGUCUGCCGUUUUAACACAUUUAAGCAUAAAAAGCAUCAUUGGAAUUGGUGUUGGAGCCGGUGCCUACGUGCUGUCCAAGUUUGCACUGAAUUAUCCAGACUUGGUCGAGGGUCUGGUACUAAUCAAUGUUGAUCCGUGCUCCAAAGGAUGGAUCGACUGGGCAGCCACUAAGCUCUCUGGAUGGACAACCAAUGUAGUAGACACUGUGCUUACGCACCUCUUUGGCUACGAUGAACUACAGUCCAAUCUGGAUUUGAUCCAAACAUACAGACUGCAUAUUGCGCAAGACAUUAACCAAGAAAACCUACAACUGUUUGUGAACUCGUACAACAGCCGCAAAGAUCUGGAGAUCGAGAGACCAGUCUUCGGUUCCGGUGACACAGGAAGUACUCUUAAAUGUCCGGCCUUAUUGGUAGUCGGUGACAAUUCCCCUGCUGUCGAUGCUGUGGUUGAGUGCAAUUCCAGACUAGACCCCACAAGAACAACUUUGUUAAAGAUGGCAGAUUGCGGUGGAUUACCACAAGCCGUUCAGCCUGGGAAGCUGGCAGAAGCCCUCAAGUACUUUGUCCAAGGGAUGGGAUACAUCCCGUAUGUUCAGCUCAGCCACCUUAGUGCUGAAUCAGUGCCCAGCGCCGGUAUGACAAGACUGGUCCGUUCCCGCACCCACUCGUCUUCGAGCUGUGGCUCCUCCGAGAUGCCGCGCAGCCGGUCUCACACCAGCAACACCCAGCUGGAAACCACCGCCGGCACGGCUACCAUAAACGAGGCUCCCCAGACGAUGGAGCUGUCCUGCUAAGCUUCUCCGCAGAUCCGCUAAACAAUGGACCCUUCCAGAUAUUAAACUUUCACCGGUCUGGAAAAAAAAUAACCUUUUUUCAUUCCACGGCAUUUGUUGAAAUGUAGAUUUGUGCAUGACCAUACUGUAUAUUUAACUUUAUUUACUCCACACUUUCCAUAGAACUUUUCUGUAAGAUUUACACGUUUUGUAGCGAUUCCAGUCUCCGAUGAUCAGAUUGAUGUCAUUCGAUAUUCUGUGCUGAGCCCACGCGUGGGGGAAGGGCUUUUGUUCUGCAUUUUCUGCUUUUCUUCCUAUACUCAUAUAAUAUAAACACUAAUAUUGGUUGGA